UGUCAAUGCAUCCCGCAUCCAUCUCGACCACUCCCACUCCACUCAUCCAAUCCAGGCCAGCCAGCCAGUCUCGACGAAACUCACGCAACUAAAUCCAUGCAUGACAUAAGCUUGCUUGAGGACCUUCAGACUCCAUCUGCCUGCGUAUACAUUCCUGCACACAUACACACACACACACAUGCAGACAGACAGACAGACAAAGACGGGGCAUCCAUACCCUCCCUACGUGUGGCGCGAAGCACACCCACCCCAACCAUGGGCACAGCCAUGCACACGCUCUUGUCUGUCUGACUCACUGACUGUCUAUCUGUCUGACUGUCUGAGUGUGUCCUGUCUGCCCCUGUGAUUGACGCGCCCCUUAUUGAGAAAAGGGUGGCGCCACCCGAGGGCAAUCUAUUCAGUUCGCUGUAGGAUGGGCUUUGAACUACCCCAACAAAACAGGACGAUGGGGUGGCUUCGAUACACAUCCAAUCAGUCCACACACACAUAACACACACAUAUACCAACAUACAUUAUCGGAAGACCAGUCCAGGCAGACAGAAAGACAGACACGAACGAGGCCUGGCUGGCUGGCUGGUCCGUCAGACUUCAACGAGGAUGUGAUAUCUCCACAGGGCCUCGCGGGCCCGACAGAGGAUUGACAGAUAAACGAUAUCAUCACUGGACCGGAGGGACCGACCCCCACACACUCACGCACGCACACACACCUGCCUGCCUGCCUGACCUCCUGGUGGUGUGUGUGUGAGUACCAGGCUGCGUUGAUGUGUGUCGAUAAAACAGACAGACAGAGGAGAUGGCUCGGCUCUCGGCUCUCACGCACGGAGGGAUUGACGCCCGUUGCCUGUCAGUCAGGUAAGACAGCACACACAGCGCACCAGAGGAGUACGCGCAGCUGUCAGUGCAUCGUCACACAUAUGGGCAGAAGUAAGUGUGUGUGUGUGUGUGUGUCUCAGUCCGAGUCGUAUGUUAGUUUGUGUGUCCAUCACCGAACCGAUCGAUUCGAUCAGUGGAAGGAGAAGUAACGGUCUCAUCAACGACACACACACACCCUCUCUGCCUGCCCGUGGUCGCUUCGCACCCACCUCGUGUGCACACACACAGCAGCUGCCGUGGAGUGGAUGGUAUGGUCGACACACCUGCACACACGCACACACACACAGACAGCAAGGAUCCACAGGACACACACGAAGCCGUCAGGAGCCCAUCUGUGCAGGUGUGUGGUGUGUUGUGGUAUGUGGUGUGGUAUCUAUCUCAGUCUUAAAAAGCUCGUUUUGCGUCGUCAGGGGACGUCGGUGUAACAUAAGUGAAUGUGGAAUCCAUCACAGAUACAGUACACCACCACCACCACACACUGCAGUGCAGUCAGUCACUGCAGCGACUGCACCCACCCGGCUUGGCUUGCAAUGUAGUCUCUUCGUCGCGCCCCAACCCAUAGAUAGAUCUGACCCCCAGCCACCUCACCUGCACACACACACACACACACACACAGAUACCAUGGCGCCAUGGCUGUGUCACAUCUGCACACGAAUCAGUCAGGGCAUGUAAGCAGCUGUCUGCCUGUCUGCCUGUCUUGUCUUUGUGUGCGCGGCCUCAGCAGGAAGGCAGCUUCGAUGGAUCGGUUCCACACUGACAUCUCUCUCUCUUCAGGCGCCGCCCAGCCUGCUGGCUGGCGGCCCACCAUCUUGAUGCAUCACGGGCCGGGGUGGGCCUCCCCCCCACCACACACACACGAGUGCGUGUCCUCACUCAACUCACCCUCCGGUAUGUAUGCAGACCAGACAUAUAUGGCCUUUCACAUCACACAUCAGCCGGGGACGAAACCACGCUCAGACCUGACCGACGGACGCGACACACACAAAACAGAGGCACAACCACAUCAGACCAGCCCCUGUAUGUGUCUGCCGAGUGUGUGUGGUGUCAUGUGUCAUGUUGUUGGCUGCGUAGCGUACGGUAGAAGACGACCUGCCCCUCAGGGUCGACGAAUGCCAGCGACUUGCCGCUCGAACCGCCCUCGGCCAAACCUGUCCACCUGACAGACACGCACACACACACACAGGGGACGGGGAGGGAGGGAGGGACAAACACAGGCCAUCCAUCCAUCCAUUCUGAGUUUGUCUGAUGCCGACCUGACUGACCUGUCGAUCGAAAGGUGAUCCGUGUUGGCCACAGGUAUCAGCACCUCACUCGAACACGCCUGAAGGAAUGGAAUGGAAUGGCAGCACACACCACACACACACACACUCUGACAUCCGUCGCUGGUUUGCCCCUCCUCUCAUUUCACCUGGAAGGUCUCCUCGUCGAAUCUGAUGGCCUUGACCACAUAGGUGCCCGCCUCCUCCCACCACAGCACCUCCGGGCAGCUCCAGUGCGGCGAACUGCGCACGAAGGCCCACACCAGCAGCAGGGCGCCGUCCCCGAACGGCAGCAAGACAGAUCCAUGAACCCCGGCGGACGAUGCCGGGGCUGCUGCGCCAGAUGACGACAUUGCCGUUCGCCAG